AUGAAGACAAAGACUUACAAAUUCCUAUGUCUUAUAGCGUCUGUCCUAACUCUGCUCAUGAAUGGCUCAUCAGCAGCAACACCUCCAAAUAGUAAUUCUUCAACUACUUGUACCAGAACUUGCGGAGGAAUCUCGAUCCCUUUCCCUUUUGGAAUUGGCGGGAAGGAUUGCUAUCUCAACAGCUGGUACGAGGUUGUCUGCAACAGCACCUCCGGAUCCGAUAGAAAUGCUCCGUUCCUCUCUAGGAUCAACAUGGAAGUGGUGAACAUCUCUCUUCCAGUUUUCAACCCAUACGGACUGGUUCAAAUCAGAGGUCCUGUGACUUCUUUGGGUUGUUCUAGUAAUAGUAGUCAAGAACUCAAAAAGUCGCUACCAGAUUUGAAUGUCACAAGCAGCGGCAGUCCAUAUUUUAUAACAGACGAGAACCGCCUCAUGGCGAUUGGUUGCGGUACCAAGGCAUUGAUGACGGAUAUCGAAUCGGAAAUCUUGGGUUGUGAAUCAAAUUGUGAAGAAAGCAAGAGUGGCGAGGAUGUGACAAGCUCAAUUUGCAAUGGUUACAAAUGCUGCCAAGCGCGGAUACCGGUGGAUCGUCCCCAAGCAAUAAGUGUCAACGUAGAGAGCAAAAAUGUUACAGGAGGAGAAGGGUGCAAAGUUGCGUUUUUGACAAACAAGAGAUAUUUGUUGUCAAAUGUUACUGAACCAGAACAGUUCCAUGCUGAUGGUUACGCGGUGGUAGAGCUUGGGUGGUACUUUGAUACUUCAGAUUCUCGUUUUAGGAACCCCUUGGGUUGCAUAAAUUUGACCCAUUCUAAUGGGUCUUACUUCUCGGGCGACAAUUGCCUUUGCCGUUACGGACACUUUUCCGGAAUCAAUUAUAGGAACUGCUAUUGCGGCAACGGCUUCACAGGAAACCCAUACAUUCGAGGCGGAUGCAUAGACAUUGAUGAAUGCAAAGUACCCAACAAGUGUGGAGAAGGCACUUGUGAGAACCUGGUUGGAAUGUACAGAUGCAAUCCAACGAUAGCCAAGCCUGACAAACUCCCUGUCAUUCUAGGGGUUUUAAUAGGUGUGUUGGGACUGUUGUUUUUGGUUGUUGGGAUAUUCUCGUUGUUCAUACUUAUGAGAAAGCGAAGGAGGACUAUCCGUAACAGGAACUUCUUCAAACGUAAUGGAGGUUUAUUGUUGAAACAAGAGCUAACUACAAAAUACGGCAAUGUAGAGAUGUCGAGGAUAUUUAGCUCAAACGAGUUGAAGAAAGCUACCGAUAACUUCAGUGUAGAUAGAGUGCUUGGGCAAGGCGGUCAAGGUACCGUUUACAAAGGAAUGCUAGUGGAUGGAAAGAUAGUUGCGGUCAAAAGAUCCAAAGUUGUGGAUGAAGACAAACUAGAAGAGUUCAUCAAUGAGGUUGUCCUUCUCUCACAGAUUAACCAUAGGAACAUCGUGAAACUCUUGGGAUGUUGCUUGGAGACAGAAGUUCCAGUCCUGGUUUACGAAUAUAUUCCCAAUGGAGAUCUAUUCAAGCGUCUUCAGGACGAAUCAGAUGAUUACAAAAUGACUUGGGAAAUGCGUCUUCGCAUAGCCAUAGAGAUCGCCGGAGCUCUUUCAUACAUGCACUCAGCUGCAUCGUUUCCAAUAUACCACAGAGAUAUCAAGACUACCAAUAUACUGUUAGACGAGAAAUACCGAGCCAAAGUAUCUGAUUUCGGAACUUCAAGAUCGGUAACCAUUGAUCAAACUCACUUGACGACAUUAGUUGCUGGCACUUUCGGGUACAUGGAUCCAGAGUACUUCUUGUCAAGCCAAUACACUGACAAGAGUGAUGUUUACAGUUUCGGGGUUGUCUUGGUGGAGCUCAUAACAGGAGAGAAGCCGCUGUCUCGUGUCCGGUCUGCAGAAGGGAAAGGCUUAGCAACUCAUUUCCUCGAAGCCAUGAAAGAAAACAGAGUGCUUGAAAUCAUUGACAUUCGGAUCUCAGUUGAGAUCACAGACCACGAAAAGCUUGACAAAGUAAUUGCGGUAGCAAAACUCGCUCGGAGAUGUCUUAACCGGAAAGGGAAGAAGCGACCAAACAUGAAAGAGGUUUCAAUUGAGCUUGAGAAGAUCCGAUCAUCAUCACUAGAGAAUUUAAAGGUCCAUGUGGAAAAAAACGAUAAAGAUGAUGAUCAACUCAUGGAAAUCAACAUAAAAGAUCGUUCUUUAACCGCAUGA